UAAAUCGUGUUUUUUUUUAAAUGUACACGAUCUUUUUUUAAUGAAAUUACCGGAUAAAUGAUAUCUGUUUUAUAAAUCUUACAAAAUGUGGUCGUUUUUUUCUCGGGAUCCUACAAAAGACUUUCCUUAUGAGGUAGGAGACCCUAUACCUGGUCUUGAAGACAGAAGUGUAUGGAUCCUGCACAAAGGAAAGAAGAGAGGAACUCAAGAUGAAGUGUCAAUAUUCUUAUUUGAUGUUCAAAAACAUUCUGAAACUCUGUUUGAUAUUGCAAAAGCUUCCUUGAAACGUCUAAAGACUAUAAGGCAUCCAAGCCUGUUACAUUAUUUAGAUAGUUGUGAAACUGAAAAAUUUUUAUAUGUUGCAACUGAGUAUGUAAAACCAUUAGCUAAGCAUAUAGACGAUAUGAAAUUAGAGGGACAACAACGUGAAUUAUUUCUGGCAUGGGGCAUAUUUCAAAUUACUAGAGCUUUAUCAUUUUUCAACAAUGAUGGAAACAUGAAACAUAACAAUGUCUGUUUAUAUUCAAUCUUUGUGACUGCUGCGGAGGAAUGGAAACUAGGUGGUUUUGAAUUUAUAACUAGCCAUGGACAGGAAGGUGCUAAUAUCAUCCCAAUUAAAAUUAUACCUUCACUUGAAAUCUAUGAUCCACCUGAGAAGAAAGACCCAUCUAAACUGAAGUUUGUAACUAAGUGUUCAACAGAUAUGUGGGGGCUAGGCUGCCUAAUUUGGGAAGCAUAUAAUGGACCACUAAAAAAUCAACCUUCUCUAAAAACUGUGGACAAAAUACCAAAGCAACUAUGCACUUUAUACUGUGAAUUAGUUAGUGCUAAUCCAGCUUCAAGACCAAAUCCUGCUGAUAUUAUUACUAGAUGUCGUAAAUUGGGUGGUUUCUUUAAAAAUGACCUUAUAGAUACAAUGUUAUUCUUAGAAGAGAUACAAAUCAAGGACAAGGCUGAGAAGGGGAAAUUUUUCUCAACAUUAAGCAGUCAUUUAGACAAUUUUCCAGAGGCUGUGUGUAUACAUAAGAUAUUGCCGCAGUUGAUGACUUCCUUUCAUUAUGGAGAUUCUGGAUCAGCUGUUUUGGCGCCUAUGUUUAAGUUGGGUAAAUUACUAGAAGAUGCCGAGUAUCAAAAGCAAAUAGUGCCAUGUGUUGUAAAAUUGUUUGCCUCAAAUGACAGAACUACCAGGUCUAGGCUACUUCAGCAACUAGAUCAAUUCAUUAUGCACCUACAAAAUUCUACCGUGAAUGACCAAAUAUUCCCACAAGUUAUGCAUGGAUUUUUGGACACAAAUGCCGUAAUCCGCGAACAGACUGUAAAAUCUAUAGUACAUCUUGCACCGAAAUUGAACUACAAUAAUUUGAAUGUUGAAGUCCUGAGACAUUUUGCAAGGCUUCAAUCCAAAGAUGAUCAAGGUGGUAUAAGAACGAACACAACAGUAUGCCUGGGUAAAAUAGCGGCUCACCUUCAUCCGCAAAUACGUCAGAAGGUGCUCGUGUCCGCGUUCGUUCGUGCUACGCGCGACUCGUUCCCGCCCGCACGACAAGCGGGCGUACUAGCGUUGGCCGCCACGCAACAGUACUUUUUACUAUCCGAAGUCGCUAAUCGAGUGUUGCCAGCCUUAUGUCCGCUUACGGCCGAUCCGGAGAAACAGGUCCGUGAUGCAGCCUUUAGAACUAUAAAAGGCUUUUUGGGUAAACUGGAGAAAGUUUCGGAAGAUCCCAGUUUGAAAGAAGGAAUGGAGGCGGACGUACACACGGCGACACCUAGUCUCAGUAACGCGGCCGCUACUUGGGCCGGGUGGGCGGUGACCGCCGUGACAGCCAAAUUCUACCGCUCUCACUCUGAUACAGCUAAAGUCCAGCAUCCAGUUAAAUCUACUCUUUCAAAGCCUGGUUCGCUAGAACAACCAUCCUCCAGCAGUAUGUCAACGACGACGUCAUCGGUGACAUCUAUGACGUCACUGGAACACAGCGAGUCUGCCUCGGACUAUGACCCUGAACACUGGGACAUGACGGCCUGGGGCGAGAUCGACUCCAGCGCAGCCACAACGGGUGGUAGUGGCAAGUCAGGCGCCAGCAGUACAGGCGGAGGAGGCCUAGCUGCCCUCUGUGAGGACGAAUGGGACAAUGAAGAGUGGGGACAGAUACAGGAACAUCCAGCAGCUGAAGCAGAAUUGGCAAGUCCAUCAGAGACGUGGAAUAACUCGGAAUGGACUCAACCGAUGCCAAGUGCGAACGCAACGUUCGUACGCAAUACAUCGCGACUCGAACAUAAGCCGACAGCGCAUCAGAACAGCAAUGACUCGCUUGGCGGCUGGGAAGAUGGCGAGUUUGAACCUAUUGAAGAGAAUGUUGAUGAAAACAACGCAUCAAAAAUGGACGAGAUGCGUCGCAAACGCGAAGAAAGGAAAGUGCAGCGUCAACGGGAAAUGGAAGCCCGACGUAACGCGAGAGGACAAGGGCCGAUGAAGCUUGGGACCAAAUUGUCUGCGCCUGCGCCGUUCUAGCUGCCGGUCUUGACACGUCAACUUUAAAAGGGGUAAAAAGUGGUCUUUUCAGCCAUUUAGACGAUCUAUGAAAUCUGUUUAUGUAACUCAUACAUAAUACUAGAUGAAGACAUGAUACAUCUAAAAUUAAAUUUGCAAUCGUAUUACAGAUAUAUUUACGAUUUCACCGAAAAUAAGAUUUGGCUUUCUUGUCUCGUUACCAGGCCAUAAAAUUAAAAAACAUAUAGUAAUGACAAGCGAUGUCAAUCUUGUUUCUAUACCUCCUUUGACAAUUUUGUCUGUGCUCAAGAAUCAAAGACAAAAAUACGGGUCUAAAACUUCUUUUGGGAAUUUUUGAAUUUAAAACGACCCUGCGCCAUUAGUCUAAAACAAUUUUUGUGUAGAUUUGGAUCGAUGUUCUAUUGAUUUUACUUUCAACACUAUUGACUAGUAUUAAAUAUUUUAACGAAAGACCAGAGACAAUCUUAAUGACAGAAUUUUGUGGCAUGUGUCUUAUAUUGCUCUGUCACGCAUGACGUAAAGAUAAUCUUUUACGUAAUGACAGGAGACUUUUUAUAUAUUAAACUUGUUACUAAAUCUUAGAUAAUUAUGCAUGAAUAAUGUUUUGGCAAAUAAGCGGAAGUCUUAGAGUAAAAUUCAGAGACGAGGCUUAGGGCUAAGUCACCAUACUUACUGUAUGUCAAAAUCGAAUUAUUAUUAUAUACGCGCCUUAAGUCUCUUCCAUCUGUCAGUGUCAGUGAUUGACAUAAUUUCUAUAUUUAAAAUAUGAUUAUUUUUU